CUUUCAACUAAAGGACAAUUUAUUUCAUUUUCUUUUUUCUUUUUUAAUUUUUUUUUUAUUAUUAUUUUUUUUUCUUGUAAUUUUUAGUGAUGCAAUAUCGAUAUUGAAAUAUCGGAAAUAUCGAUAUUUUGGUAUUAAUAUUUCGAUAUUUUAUAUCGAUAUCUUACAAACGAUAUAUCGAUUCAAAUAUCGAUAUUGGUCUGUCGAUAUCGAUAUUUUCAGUAUGGACUAGUGAUGCAAUAUCGAUAUCAAAAUAUCGGAAAUAUCGAUAUUUUGGUAUUAAUAUUUCGAUAUUUUAUAUCGAUAUCUUACAAACGAUAUAUCGAUUCAAAUAUCGAUAUUGGUCUGUCGAUAUCGAUAUUUUCAGUAUGGACAAAGACUAAGUUUUUUUGCGUUGAGGUUUUGCACAUUGAACUACAUAUCGUUUGUCGACACACGUUUACACCGCCAUGUGAUUCUACCCUUAAGCUUUGUGUGGCAGAUUGUGAACUUAACGUUAAUGUAUAUCGAAGCACUGCUUCUGACCGUAAUUUGUAUUUAUAUUCUAUGCAUGUAUUCUGUGUAUUUGUAUGUCAAGUUUUAGUCAAGUUACAAGUUACAAACAACUGAACGUUUAAAAUUAACGCAUUGAUGUCGUGUAGUUAAUUAAAUCGAACUAAUUUGAUAAUAUUUUGAAUGAUCACUACGCAAAUAGAAGGAUAAGAACAAUUAAAAAGAUCACUAAAUUCUAUGCAUUUAUAAAAUGAGCGGUGGUCCAAGUCCUGUGCGAAAGCACUUUUUACCUACAGAUAAGAAAAACCUCAUGCAAUGUAAAUAUUGCUCAGGUCCUCAUUCGCUAGUGAAAUGUUCUGGAAACACUACAAAUAUGUUUAACCAUUUAAAGGCGAAUCAUGUUGAGAUCUAUAACGCUCUUAUGAUAGAAAUUGAUGAAAAAAAAUCCAACCUCAAACGGAAACACGAAAAUAAGGAAAAUUCAUCGUCGACUAACAAAUCAACUAGUGCUCAAAACAAUGAAUCUGUUAGUUCUAGUGCAAGCGAAUCUUUGACGACUACUGAGCCAAGCGAACAAUCAGGCAGGGAAAAUAUUAAAUAUUCAUUUAAAAAUAUUUCAUCAUUUCAAGAAGGAGGCACUAAACACAAAAAUCUAACAGAUAAAAUCUUAUUUAUGAUCUGUAAAGAUAGUGAACCGUUUUCAAUGGUAGAAAGAGAGGGAUUUAUAAAAAUGAUGAAAUAUGCAGUUCCGAAUUAUAAAGUACCUUCUAGACAAACGUUUAUUAAUCACUUGGAUUCAAAAUACGACACAGUAUCUCAAAAGUAUAAGAUACUUCUGAAAAACGUAACGUGCGUAACACUAACUACAGAUAUUUGGACAGAAAGUAAAAACACACAUUUCAUUUUUGUAACAUAUUGAAAAUCUUACAUUAAGAACCUUAAGAUAAUGUAAAUUGUUUUCUGUUCUAGAAUAAUUAAAGCGUUUAAUGGUUCUAAUAAAAUUCGCAAAUCUCGAAAAAAGGUGGCUUCGGAUCUAGUGCAGUCACUUGCAAUUGACAGUACAUAUUUUGAGUAAGUAUUAAAAAUAAUAGACAUGAAAACAUAAAAAAUUUGCCUUAAUCUGAUAAUAAAACAAAUUUUUUCAGUUGAAGUUAUAUGACCCGGAAGGAUGAUCGGCAAGCGAAUAUGAUGAGUUAUAAAUAAAUUUUGUAAUUCUAUUUUUGUAAUUUAAUAUUUCUCUCUUAAGAUUAAAAUA